AUGGCAACUAAUGCGACUGCCUGCACCUACUGCGACCCUCCGGUCCCUGCUGCUAAAACAUGUCUGCGCUGUGAAGCGUCCCUAUGUGAAGACCACCUGAAAGUCCACGCCACAUCAGAGGGGCACAUCCUCAUUGACCCCACCAACUCUCUGGAGAGUAGAAAGUGCUCGAUCCACGACCAGAGCUUCAAGUUCUACUGUACAGAAGACUCACUCUGCAUAUGCCUGGGUUGUUUGCCAAUUCACGAGCUCCAGAAGCACCAGCUGCAAACCUUGCCCGAGGCAUCGGAGAAGGUCAAGGAAGAUCUCCAGAAUGCUUUUGAGAAACUAUCCGUAAACAAAGGCAAGAGGGAUAGAGAGGUACAGAGCCUCGAAGAAUAUAAGAGUGGCUUGGAAAGAAAACUGGAUGGUUUCUCCAAGAACCUAGCUGCCUUAUUCCACCACGCCAGGGAGCAACUGGACUUUCUGGAGAAGCAAACGCAAGGGGAAAUCUGCAGGCAUCAAGAGAAGGCGAUUCAGCCAGUCUCUGAUCUAAUCCGGAAGCUGGAUGUGACAAGGGACGAGAUGUCCAAGAAGAUGGGUCACAUUGAGGAGCUCUGUCAAGUUACUGACCCAAUAACCAUCUUGCAGGAAGGUACUACAUAUAACUUGCCCGAUGUGGACACCACAACCACCAUCUCAAGAUGCGUUGAGAACCUCCAGAAUGCUGGGGACCUCGAUCAAGGACUGAUCUUUGUGACUCUGUACAAAGGAUUAUCUGAUAUUAUGACAGAUAUAAAGAAAGAGCUCUACACCCAAGAGGCGGUACUAUUGGACGUAAAGACCGCAGGGGAAUAUGUUGAUGUAUUGAGUGACUUAAAAAUGGCAAAAUCAUCUGAAAGAAGGAUAAGCCGUCCCAAAGCAUCAGAGAGGUUUCAGUAUAGCCAAGUUAUAAGUGUAGCUCGUUUUUCUGCUGGACGACAUUACUGGGAAGUGCAGACCAGCGAUACCGGGAAUUGGAGGUUUGGGGUGUGCUACCCCAGUAUAGACCGCAAAGGAGAACAGUCUUAUAUUGGUGACAACUCCAAGUCUUGGUGUUUGGGAGGGUGCAAUAAACUCUAUUCGGUGAUGCACAAUAAAAAGUCCUGCAAUUUAUAUCUCGAGUCUGCUAUGGCGGAGAAAAUAGGGGUGUACUUAGAUUAUGAAGCUGGCCGGCUGUCCUUUUAUGAGCUGGGUGACCCCGUCAAACUCCUACACACCUUCUCAGCUACCUUCACGGAGCCCCUACAUGCUGCUUUUGGGGUGUGGAAUAGCUCUUUAAAGAUCCUGAGCUAG